CACAAACACACCAGUACCUUUUUCGCUCGGGCAAAUUGAAGGGACGCGAUGUUUCCGAGGGGAGCGCUAAACGUGACAGACUUCCUGUUGUUGAAUUUCAACAACCGCGGCGUGGUUUGCGUGCUGAUAGAAGAGUUGUAAGCAAUAUUGUCAUGGAAUGUAGGUGACUGUUAUGAAAAUGGGGAAAACACAGUUAAAAAAUCCUUUGAAGAAAUCUGGCAAACUGGUCCCCAAACAGAAGAAAAAGCACAAACUGAAGAAAAAGAAGUUCUGGAGGAGUCCAAAUACUUGUGUUACUACAAAUGCAGAGCAGCCAAGCGCCUCUUCAUAUCUACCACCACCAAAGGACCCAGCACAAUUUUCAGCCAACUGGAAGUCACUAGAACAGGUUUUAAAUAAGAAGAAGGAUUUGGCACCUGUUCAGGGAAAUCAACCAACAUUUAAAAAGAAAUUUAAGAAGGAACCACAAAUCUUGCAUGAAGAGAAAGAAACUUCAGCAAAAUGCCAAACUCAGACAGACUGCAAGCAUUUGCCAGAAAAAACAUAUUUGCAGACAUUAACAACAGGGAAUUAUAAAAGUGGACAUACGCAUGUGAAAAAUGGACAAAAGACUGAAAAAGAUCACCGUGAAACGGGAAGAAAUGCGCAGUCAGGAGACUGCAAGCCCAGAGAAGAUGAUAUCUGGUUUGAUGAUGUGAACCCAGAUGAUAUUGAAAUAGCUAUUGGUCCAGAAGCUGCUGAAAUUGCAAGGAAGAAGUAUGGAGUGCAGAAAGUCGUAUCACAAGAGGUCGAAAAAGUGUUAGUAAAAGACCGGGCAUUUGAAGGCUUAACUAAAAUUGUUGCAAUGGAUUGUGAAAUGGUAGGAGUGGGACCUUCUGGAGAAGACAGCAUUGUUGCUCGGGUGUCAAUAGUGAAUCACUUUGGGAAGUGUAUUUAUGAUAAAUAUGUAAAGAGUACAGAGAAAGUAACAGACUUCCGUACUGCUGUGAGUGGAGUAAGACCAGAACAUUUAAGAAAAGGUGAAGAUUUUAAGAUUGUUCAAAAAGAGGUGUCUGAUAUAUUGAAGGGAAGAAUUCUGGUUGGCCAUGCCAUCUCCAAUGAUCUUAAGAUUUUGUUUUUGGACCAUCCUAAGAAAAAUAUUCGAGACACGCAGAAGUACAAACCUUUCAAACAGCAAGUAAAGAGUGGACGUCCUUCUCUUAAACUGCUCUGUCAGAAAAUUCUGAAUGUUAAAGUACAAGAAUCUGAACACAGUUCUGUACAGGAUGCCCAGGCAGCAAUGAGACUUUAUACAAUGGUGAGAAAACAAUGGGAAGCAGCAAUUAGGGAAAGAUUUAAAGUCAAGAAGUUGGAGAAGAGAAAAGUCAAAGAUGAUCAGCUUAUUGAGGCCUGACAGAUGUGGUGGUCACUUCUGUAUUUACAGGACAAGUUGCCUAUUCCACCCCUCCUUGUGAAUUAUAUCUUGUGUUUCUUAUCAAUCAGUUUGCCUUGGACUGCUGUCAUCUUUUGACUAGAAAAACUGGUAGGUGUGGCAUUCCCAGUUUUCUAUGCUAUGUUCUCCUUAGUUAUCUUGGAUGGGAAAUUAAUAUAUCAAAGAGACAGUUAAGGAGGUGUAAUUGUCAUUUUUGGUUCUUUUAAGGAAUUCCAGUUUGUAAAAAAGUAGCGUUAAGCCAAUUCCAUACUACUUUGUACAAUUUUAAUUAAAUUUAUAUUUGUGAAAAAA